AUGAACCCCUCCCCACUGUCCCGUUGUACCGACUCAGUAUCAAGCAUAAAAAAGACAACACCCAACAUGCCUCCUCUUCUUUCUGCCCCUGCCCCCGCGAGCCUAGAUGCUCGCUCUCGCAUUUUGUCUCUGCUGCUCCUGCUCUUCACUGCUGCUCCGGUAGUAGCUGUUGUUGCCGACUCCCCCGCGGACCCUCCCUUGACCGCCACUACUAUCUUAUCGCCCCUCAGUGGUGCUAUCCCAAUCGGGAAACCGUACAACAGACCGAUCGUCCCUACCACUUUUACGACCACCACUUCUCCAUUGACUACGAAAAGUGCUGCGCGGGAUAAGGAGGCAGAGUCUCUUCCACAAUCGCCAUUGUUAUCCGGGGACUCCGACGUUGCGGCUUCAGCUAGUACCUAUGAGCAGAUGGUCCAGAGAACUACCGCAGCAAUUGUUACUCUCUCUUCACUUAUCGCCUAUGUGACCAUCAACAGCAUCGCCCGUGCGGUGAACCCGUCGGCUUUUAUUUGGUAUGAGGAGGAUCAUGAUGAAAAGGCCUGGGUUGCCUCGUCAUCUUCAUGGGUGGACAGGAAGGCCUGUCGGUGGCUCGGCCUUUGUGGCACCUCCCACUACCACCGGGUCUCCGCCCGCUUCGGCCAUCGUCAACCCGCCCCGAUGUCUGCCUUGUCAUCCGAGAACGAAGAUGUACCGCCUUGGCGCGAGCUUUGGGGAAAUGAAGCCAACCACCGCGAGGACGAUUGGGAUGCGGCGGAACGAUCUCGCCGACACAUACCGGACUAUGUCCUUGAGUACGCCCCGUUGGUGCACCUUUUCUCGGGAGAGCAAUUUUGGCCGUGUGAUAUCGCGGAGCACCUCUACCACAUCACUCCGACACUCAAUUAUACCCCCAUCCAAUCGCAAUCAGAUCACCCAUCCUUACAAGAUCUCGAUGCGCUGAACCAGUGGGAAGGGGGACACCAUGUUUUUCUAACCAGCAACGACAAUGUAGAAGAGCGCCCUCCAUGGAUGGAAGGAGAGAAGAAUGUCCCAAGUCCUCCGAAAGAUGAUCCCGAGCGAUCAUGGGCUGAUUGGGACGGUCGAGUGGAUGGAACGUCCCCGAACGAUACACCGGAGGAUCGAGUCGAAUGGUACGAUACAGAGCUACCCCUGCAGGACGGGACGAAAGAAGACAUUUGGAAAGAGAAACUCGGGUAUCCCAUGCCUGAUGAAGAGACUAUACACGACGAACUCCGGAAACGCUACGGGGGCGAGCCAAUAACUAUCCGAGGGGUAGGUGGGCGAAGCGAAGCUCCAGCGAUUUUGCUGGUUGUUGACAAGGGCAACGGUAUUGUGGAUGCAUUUUGGUUCUACUUUUACAGUUUCAAUCUCGGGAAUGUAGUGCUGAAUGUGCGGUUCGGUAACCACAUUGGGGACUGGGAACACUGCCUCGUGCGAUUUCAUCAUGGAAAGCCAAAAGCGCUUUUCUUUAGCGCUCACUCCGGUGGUGAAGCCUACAGCUACGAGGCCGUGGAGAAGAUAGGUCACCGGCCGGUCAUAUAUUCGGCAACAGGUACACAUGCCAUGUAUGCCACCCCGGGUGUUCAUUCAUACAUACUUCCCUGGGGCCUUCUCCACGAUCAAACGGAUCGGGGUCCUCUCUGGGACCCUCUGCUCAAUUCUCACAUGUACACGUACGAUUAUGUCAAUGAUAUCCUUCGCGCAUCUACCCUAAACCCGAACGCACCCACAGAGUGGUUCUACUUCAAUGGCCACUGGGGUGAUAAAUUCUACCCCCUGGGAGAUCAUCGACAAUACCGAUUUGCAGGUCAAUAUCAUUACGUCAACGGGCCUUUGGGCCCCCGAUUCAAGCACCUCGACCGACACAAAGUAUGCCAGAGUCCCGAUGAAGCACCCUGUAUUAUCAAGGAUUUCAUCGGGGAGCAGACGCGUGCUAAACGGUGGUCCGCCUCUGGACCAGAAAACCCCAACUGA